CGCGGGCUUUAGUGCCACGUAUACACCGAAGAGGCCCCCUUCACACGUCCUUCUCGACGCACGCGCCGUGGAACUUGCAGCCUGAUAGGUCUACGACGAGGAUGGCAGAUCCCACAGUGCGCAAACGGAAGACGGCACCUACGAGACCUAGUAACGGAGCAGGUGAUGCUACGCCAACAGGUGGCAACGCCCCGACCAAGAGGACUGCAGGCUCAGUCAAGCUUUCGACCAUACUUUCGCUCUUGUUGAUUGCUAUCGGGACUCUGAGCUACCAACAACCACGACUCGUUCAAGGGAUUAUAGAUAGUGUUUCUAGCCUGAUAUGGAAGUUCAAACCCUUGCCGGGUACUGGACAGAAUCUUGUCGCGGAGUUUAUACCAGACAUGGAGAGGCGCGAUGCAGUAGUACGGGCUUUCCAGCAUGCAUGGCAUGCAUAUGAGAGUGAUGCCAUGGGCGACGACGAGUACCACCCCAUAGGCCACACGGGAUCAAAUCUUACUGCAGCUGGAGGAAUUGGCUACACCGUUGUCGACUCACUAGACACGAUGAUUAUCAUGAGACUCGAAGACGACUACAAGCGAGCACGAGAGUGGAUAGCGACUAAGUUGGACUUCGAGAAGGACGCAGAUUUCAAUACUUUUGAGACCACUAUACGUGUUCUAGGAGGGCUCCUGUCCGCAUACAGCUUGACUGGAGACGAUCUUUUCCUCGAGAAAGCCCAGGACCUUGCAGAUCGCAUACUGCCCGCUUUUGAUACACCUUCGGGGUUGCCCACGAGCUUAAUCAACCUUGCACUCCGCGAAGGUGUCAUGGAUCCGGACAAUCCGGAGCUUGUCAGCACUGCUGAAGUAUCCACUCUUCAGCUAGAGUUCCGAUACCUCGCUCACCUCACGGACAAUGAAGAAUAUUGGCAUAAAGCUGAGAAGGUGAUGAGAAUAAUAAAAAAUGCAAGACUGUCGACAGGUCUUGCCUCUAUUUUCAUGAAUAAAGACGGCGGACGCUAUGCAUUGUCCGCAAUUCGCUUAGGAUCAAGAGGGGAUUCCUACUACGAAUAUCUACUCAAGCAGUAUAUCCAAACAAACAUGACAGAACAUGUUUAUCGCGAGAUGUACGAUGACGCCAUGGACUCAGUGGCGGAACACCUCAUUUCGCGGAGCCAAAAGGCGAAGCUCAUCUAUACCUCCGAGCUAGUUCCCCAACGAACGUACACCUCCGACAUAGCCUGGCGUCUUGUCCCGAAGCAAGACCAUCUCGUUUGCUUCUUCGGUGGGUCACUCAUGCUUGGCGCCACAAUUACGGGUGCUACGCAGUACCCCAUAUCGGUACCGCCCCGUCCAGAGCAGCUCACGAAGCAGGGUAAGCGUGAUUGGGUGAACGGUGUCGAGCUGAUCAAGACGUGCAUGAAGACGCACGAGACGAAAACAGGACUUGCUCCAGAGAUUGCGCACUUCAGGAUACCGUCAGAUAACCUGGAUGAAACCAUCGCCCCCGAUGAUUGGUAUAUUAAGGGUGGGAAACCAGGUGCAGAGGCAUCAUAUGAUGCUCGAUACAUCCUGCGACCUGAGACUGUGGAAUCCCUCUUCAUUGCCUACCGCCUGACAGGUGAUCCGCGCUACCGCGAAUACGGUUGGUCGAUCUUCCAGGCGAUUGAGAAAUACUGCCGGAUCGAGUCUGGUGGGUAUGCGAGCGUUCUCAACGUCGACGAGGUGCCCGUCAAGUACGAGGACAAGAUGGAGACUUUCCUCAUGAGCGAAACGCUCAAGUAUCUGUACUUGCUGUUCGAUGACGACAAGGCUCUACCGCUAGACAAAUAUGUAUUCAAUACCGAGGCGCAUCCAUUACCUAUCUUUUAUCCCACAUUCCGCACAGGCUUCUCAUAACUGCCGACUACACACUAGAUUCUGCGUCAUGACACUGCCUACUGGUGAACAUCGACGUACGACAAAGGUGAAUGCAUAGCGGUAGGUGAUGUGGCAUGUAAUUUGUAGUGUGUAUAAUCGAAAGGCUCGAGACAUCAAGACAUCAGGAGAUCAUAGGGUGAGUGUCUAUCUGAAAUCAUAUGAUAAAUAGAAUUAAUAGUUUCAUCAGGAGCCCGUGCAGGGUAUCUUCCCUGGCCAAAUAUUGCUAAUACAGACUUUGUGACGAGUUUCAAGGCUUCUCACGCUGAGGUUCCCGUCACCUGGGCGUACGUCAAUCGAGCAGUGCUAUCGUUAUCUUCCAACUCGAGGUACUCCCAAGGCUCGUUCGGCUCAGGUUCAGGCACCUCGUGGUCGUCAAGUGCAAUCACCGACCGCGAGCCUUGCACGACCUCAAAAUCGCCGGCCUUCUGGCGAUGCCGCCGUGGCUUGGCCGGCUUCGCGAUAUCGAAGAGCGCAACCUCCUUCCGCGCUGGCCGGCUCUCUACCUCCGCGACCCAGUCCGUCUCUUCCGCCUCUUCCCGCCCGUCGUCCUCCAGCUUGAGCUGCCACCCGCCGCGGACGUGCGUCAUCAUGUGCGGGCGGGUGUCCCGCACAUCGAGAUCGCGCAGCCUCUUGAACCAGUUGUGGUCAAAGAGCACGGCGGGGUCCUUCCGCCAGCGCUUGAUCUUCCACUCGCUGCUCUUGCGGAGCAUCUUGCGCGCGUGGUCGAAGUUGCCCUGCUCCUUCAGCUCGAGUAUCGCGUUGGCAGAGGGCCCAUUCAACUCGGCAUCAUCUGAUAUCCUCCAGAAGGCUAAGUCGGCUGGAUGUACCAAAUACGGUGUCCCGCAUCUGUCGUCCCAAACCAACAAGGAUGACUCGGGCCAGUAGUCGUCGUAAUAGAAGGACAUGGAUGUGUCGGACCUAUCAUCAUACGACGACGUGGGUGUCCUGGGUUUGUCGUCGUCGACUAACAUUCUAUGAGAGCA